AUGACAACUCGAUAACAUUAUAAUAUAGGUUCAAUUAACUUGAUGGUGAGGUUGUAAUUAAGAAAUGGUUAGUUUCAUUCUAUUUUGUUAAAUAUGAAUUUAUAUAUAAAAAAUGGGUAUAUAUAUAAAAAUUUAAUUUCUGAACUCUCCUAUUUGACGUAUAAAAACUUGGCCACUAAGUUGUAUGUCCUUGCCUUAUGUUAUUGGGUCUAUUUUCUUCGGCCGCUUUUUUUUUAAGCGUCUUUGUCGAUGAAACUAUUCAAUAUUCUUGGAUACAUAUUAUUUAAUGGUUAAGAGCCAAGAUGUGAUAAAAUGUGGAUGCGGGGAGAAGGAAAGAAGGAGUACGAUAAGGGAGGAUGGGGAAGAGUCAUGAAAUGUAUAUGGAAAUGUAAAGUAAUAAAAAAUGAUGAUUGGAUUAUUAAUAAAAUAAAAAAAAAUAAAUCAAUUGAGUUAUGA